CGAUAUGCACAUAGAAAACACACGGUUUCAGUUUUGUAUCCAUCAAUUUAAUAACUGAUGAAUAUAAUUCGCAUAAGCGAUCUUUUGAACUAAUCAUCAACUGAACUUUUCUCCUAGGAUAUUCAGCAGUUACUCCAUUCUUAGCAAAUCACCAACAGGGGCGAGAACGGAGCGUUUUCUUGAUUUGUCUGCCAUUGAAAGCUGCUGGGAUAACGAUGAUCGGUGUCUGAAAUGAGCAUGGUGGCCCUAAGACUGCUUCUUGUCGGAAUUACUAUGAUAUUUUUAGGUACAACACCAUGUAGAGGUUGCACCCAGAAUUUGGCCAAAGGCAAACCCGCAUACCAAAGUUCCACCUACCUAAAUACGUACCAUGCCAGUCGUGCUGUGGAUGGUUACUAUGACGACAACAACAUACAUGGGAGUUUUUCUUACACCAAUGGUAGUCAGGGAGACUGGUGGCUGGUUGACUUAGAAACCACUGCGAAGGUGGCCGGUGUUAUCAUAACAAACCGUGGCAAUAUCUUUUCUCAGUUUUCAGCUUUUUUUCUGCAUAAUUUCGAAGUGAGAGUCGGAACCUCAUACGAUGAUAGUUCAUCAUUCAACCAGUACAAACCCUGCGCCAGUUACCCGGGGGUGGGCACCUGUGGGGAACACGUCUCUGUCCUGUGGGUCACCACUGAGAGGACGAUAUGUCCUGAUCAUUAAAGUUGGUAGUGACAACAGUCCCUUGCAGCUGUAUGAAGUGGAGGUCCAUGGGUUUAGAACAUCAAUGAAGUUUAAGCAGGUAGCAGCAGAUGCUCGCGCAACUCUUGUGCCCAUAUCCACGCUGAAUGUCGGCAGCCUCAUCGAAUGCAGCAGCUCCUGUAUGCAGCGCUGGGAGUGUGUGGCCAUAAACGUGCUCUGUGCCGGAAAUGACCAAUGUGUCUGUGAACUGCUGCCCAGCACUGCCCAAUCCGGCGACUUGCAGGCACGCACUGGAUACAGAUAUUAUGAAGAAAACUGCCCGGGUACAGAGUAGGACGAGAUGUCUAAUUUCUGUAAAUGAAUCGCUUACAGAAUACUCCGGGGAAGCAUUCAUGAGUUCGUUACGCAUACAUGCACUCUUUACGUAUUAUCUACCAUUGAUGUUUAAAGGGAUAAUAACUAUUCGUGUGAGAUCUAUAUUUCACAA